AUGGCGCCAAACCUCACGAAAGCCCUCUCCCUCAUCGACGCCGCCCACGCCGAAGACCCCAACAAAAUCACUGUCAACGACACCUCAAUCCCCUACGAGCUCCACUACGCUGAGAAGAUGACCAAGUUUCUGUCUCUUCACACCGCAGACCCCUCCCCUCUAGUCCAGACGGCAGCUCGAGCGCAACACUUCCGCCGCUGGGAAGUUCCUCGCGACUCCUACCCGCGCACGAGACCAGGCUACUUCGCCUGGCGCACAUUCCUGAAAAAGCGCCAGGCCGAGCAAGUCAAGCAGAUAUGCCUUGAGUGUGACUACACGCCCGAAGAAGCGGACAAAGUAGCUGCGCUAAUUGCAAAGGAAGAUCUUAAGAAGGGCGAAGGCAAGGGCGAUCCGGACGCGCAGAUCAUCGAAGACGUUGCGUGUCUGGUCUUUCUGGAUGAUCAGUUCGACGAGUUCGAAAAGGGGCACGACGAAGACAAGAUCAUAAGUAUACUGCAAAAGACGUGGGUCAAAAUGGGGGAACGAGGGCAUGAACUGGCAUUAGCUAUGGAUUUGAGUCCAAGGGCGAAAGAGAUGGUCGGAAAGGCGCUCUCAGGUUGA